UUAUAGACAUACUAAAAUGCAAAGUAAAAUGGAUGUUUUCCUGUACGUUGUUUUGUCGUGUUUAGCAAAGAUCGCCAUCGGAAUUUGUCUACCAUCAGAGGUGACAUUGUAUAGAAAAGGUCUUUGCCUGAAGGAAUGUCCAUGGGAGACUUACAUGUUUAGACAAAUAUGCUAUGAAGAAUGCCCGGUAAAUACCAACGUUAAUGUGACAGAAUUGGGGAAAUUUUGCACUGUUGAUCAUGAAUUUGAAUGCCAGCGCAUUUCCUGCCCAAACGAUUUCCCUCUUUGCUAUAAAAUGAAUUGCUUGAAGACUUGUCCUAAAUACACGUUUCAGUUUCUGAAUAAUUGCGUAAUAGAAUGUCCAAGCUCGCACGCGUUUAAAAUCUCACACGAUUGUGAAGAGCCCUGUCUUGCAGGAAAGUGUUUGGAAUUGUGUCCACCUUCUCAUCCAUUUGUAUUUCAGUCAAUCAGAUCGAAACAUUGCUUGCAACAAUGUCCCAAUUAUACGUAUGAAGAUAUAGCUAGCAAAUCAUGUCAGUCAAAAUGUCCUAUGCAUUCACCAUUUCUUUUCAAUAAGACCUGUUUGAAAACUUGUCCCGAAUCACACUCCUUUGUGUCAACAGUGGAAUCAAUGUAUAACUCAAUUUCGAAAUGUUCCAACUCCUGUCCAAGUGAUACUGUGAUUGAUGGGGAUUACUGUGUCAGUGCCUGUCCAAGAGGAAAACAUUUAUUUAACAACACAUGUGUUGUGACAUGUCCUACGUCACAUCCUUUAAUGUUUCCAAAUACGAUUAAAUCCGUAAGUCCCAUAAAAACCCUUGGGAAAUCGGAUUUCAUAUGUGUCGAUUCUUGCAAUUUGGGAUCAAACUUUGUUCAUCGGUACAAUGUGGAAUAUAAUAACUUCUGUAUAGAUUCCUGCCCAAAAGAGUCGUACUACGCUUAUAACGGUUCGUGUCUGACAGAAUGUCCCCCGUCAAGCAAGUAUAAUAUUGUUUUUGAAAGAUACUUCCCUUGUAUUGAAUCUUGUCCCGUUAAUACGUUUGUUUCCCACGAAACCAACUGUAGACGGUCUUGUCCUUCUGAUGAAAACUUCUUGUAUAACAAAAGCUGUCAUAUCAAUUGUCCAUCAGAAGCAAAUUAUCGAAAGUUAGACAGCCGUUUAUCUCACUACGAUUGCCAUGAAAAAUGUCCUAAAAACAAUAUGGUGUUUAAUUAUACCGCAUGUGUGUCUGAAUGCCCUGACGAGGCAAAAUAUGAAAGCAAUGGAACAUGUGUUGCAAAGUGCCGGGGAGAGCUAAAGUUUGGGCUAAGUACCGUUUCAUUUUACUAUAGAAAUCAUUAUUCUUGUCUUAGUGAAUGUCCACCAAAGUAUUUUGUGUUGGGAAAUGAAUGCGUUGAAAACUGCCCCUCGGUCACAAAAUACAUUUUCAAUAAUACUUGCCACGAAGCAUGUCCAUCUGACUACAACUUUAAACAGAUCGUUGGAAGUCAUCACACAUGUAUUGCAGGAUGCCCAUCAGAGGAAUUUAUUUACAAUGAUUCUAUCUGCGUUGCUUCCUGUCCACCUGAAGCAAAAUAUCAAUAUAAUAAAACGUGUGUCACAACAUGCUCAAAACCAAUGAAAUAUAAGUUAAGCAAUUCUACAACCAUACGUGUUAAUUGGUACAAUAAAAAAACUGUAUAUCACCAUUAUUGUCUGGAAGAUUGCCCAACGAACACAAACUACUAUGAAGAUGCAUGUGUAAUGGAAUGUCCGAGUCAAGCUAAUUACCUUUUUAAUAGAUCGUGUUAUACGGGGUGUCCUGCACCAUAUAACUACAGCUUUUUAAGUGGGAAACACAAUGUCUGCUGUGAUGAAUGUCCACAAAACACAUAUACCUACAAUGCUACUUUGUGUCUUUCGGCAUGUCCUGCGGAUAAAAAUUUCGAAUUCAACAACACAUGUUACAAUAAGUGCCCCGAUUCCAACGAGUUCAUAUUUCAAGAGAGUUCCCAUUUCAAAUGUAUGGAUAAUUGCAUUUCGAAUUCGUUACUGACUCUGAAUAAAACAUGUUUGAAGCAGUGUCCCCAGGAGGCCAAAUUCCAGGACGAUGGCCAUUGUGUUCAAGAUUGUAAAGACGACAGACGAAAAUAUAAAUUUAGAAACUUUACGGUGGUAUCCUAUAACCAGAAGGCUUACCAUUACUAUUGUUUGGAAGCAUGUCCGGCGAAAACUUUAGAGUUAAACUUUACAUGUGUAACACAAUGUUCUCAAGAUACACUCGAAUUGGGCAAAACAUGUGUUCAAUCGUGUCCAAGUGAUAGGCCACUGAAUUACACAACAAAUGCUGGGAAACAUUCUUGUCAACAUUCAUGUCCAUAUAGAACAUACACGUUUGAAAGGAAAUGCUUUGAUCGUUGUCCACAUGGUUUUCGAACGCAUCUUUUCACUUGUACACAUGAAUGUCCGACUUCACAUCCAUACACUGAUAUCCUGACCCAAAGGUGUUUAAGCACUUGUGAAAAUAAUUUUGUAAUAACUAAUAACUAUGUAUGUGAUAAAAAAUGCCCACACGAUAAACAAUACAUAGAGAAAAAAAGAUGUGUGAAAUCUUGCAGAAAUCGGAAUUCAUUAUUGCAGAUUGCAAAGCAAGGAAUAUUUUGUCAUGAUCAAUGUCCUCAUCAUUUGCUUCUGAUGGAAAACAAAGGGACCUGUGUAGAAAAAUGUCCUUCUGAUAAGUUUAUAGUUGGGAGUACGUGCCGAGAUAUUUAUAAAUGUCCAAAUCAUAAGUAUCUGGAACAUACUAAUGUUGGCAAGAGAUGCACAAAUAAAUGUUCAUCAGAAUUUUUCUUGGAUGGAGUGCAUUGUGUCAAGGAAUGUCCACCAGAAAAAGUAAUUGUUAACGCAAUGUGCGCAGAAGAAUGCCCUUCGAGUCACCCGUUAAUUUAUAAGGAUUUCACAGCCUCGACACCACGUGCAACAUGUUAUGUUCAAUGUCCGGAUGGAAAAGCCGCGAAUGGGUCGACAUGUAUUGAAGAAGAUACUUGCCACUCAGCGAAGCAUUUCACAUAUGAACACGUUUGUUAUGAAGCAUGCCCCAUGUUGACAGGAAUAAGGGAAGACUAUACAUGUUUUUCUUUGACAAAGUAUAUAGGAUAUACAAUAUCAUUCCUUAUUAUCACAUUAAUACUGAUUGGUAUCCUCUAUGCUUUGACAUGUUUCACUGGCAAAAAAUCCAAAGAGAAAAAAGGAAUGGAAGGUGCAAUGAUAAAAACUCAUUUUCAGUUAACGUCUAGCAACAAAGAUAGAGAGAAAAACAAAAAGUAUGUCAUCAGAUUUAAAAAGGAAGAAAAGGAAAACAUCGAGAUUCUUGAAGUAAAUACUAUUGUCAGUGAUGAAAAGAUGGAAAACAAUGAGGAUGUAACGGAGCUAAACGAUGGAUAUAAACCCAUUACUUUUCGAAGACGUAAACAUUGAUUGUAUCAACUACGUUUUAUGAUAAUGUCCAUGUAUUCCAUAGCUAUGUUUACGUAUUCAUAAUGUCAAAUAUAAACUAUGUGCUUUUUGUAACAUACUGACAAACAAGUUGAUGGUACAGGGGUUUCAACAAUUUCGAUUGAAGUCAGCAUUUCGCAAAUUCUACGGUCGUUAUAACGAUCUAGUUCGUCAAUACAACAUAUCAUUGGGUCAAAUGCUGUCUAACAUGUUUCAUACCGAUUGUUAGGGCGUUCUUGGCACACUGAUUGUGACUACGGACAACUCCGUUUACCUUAUCAGGAUAUAGGGAUCACGGCGGGUGUGACCGGUUGACAGGGGAUGUUUACUCCUCCAAGGCACCUGAUCUCACCUUUGGUGUGUCCAGGAGUCCGUGUUUGUUGAACUAUCUAUUUUGUAUUGCUUAUAGGAGUUAUGAAAUUGAUCACUGUUCGUUAUCUUCACCUUUCAUACCAGGUAUCAUUUCUAUAUUAUACAAUUUUGUUAUGUGACCUUAUUUCAUUGAACAUAUUGCUGAAACCAUGUUUUGUAGAAGAUGGUUUUGUUAGAAAUAAGAGCAGAUACGUACUUCUGUUAAUUAGUUUGACAUGAUCUUGGUAGUUUUAUAUCUUGAUUGAGUUGUAGAUUGGUUAUUUCGUGAUUUCGCUGUGAUGAAACCUUCAUCAUAGACGUAUGCAUUAUGCAUUUUAUUUUGUAAAACAUUUCUGUGUAUUUUAUCAUUUAAAAAUUAUAGAUUUGUAGAAUAUGGUCUUUACAACUGUAAUUACAUCCUUUAAAGGGGCAUAAGCUGUGAAAGUAAUGGCGACCAUUUUUUCUCAAAAUCUCUCAAUGGCAUAGGAUAUAUAUCAAUGACUAAUAAAAACCAUUUAUUUUGUUCAAAAACAAGAAAAACCUAAUAAAACUACGUUAGAUAACAGCUUUUAGUGUAAAGAAAUAUACCAGAAAGAAUUAUUGUCUUGCAAGACAAUAAUUAUGUAAUCACCAAAAUUACAUAUUCAUGUGCCUGUUUCGGGUUAAAAGUGUUUGAAAUGAUUAAAUACUGCUGUUAUUACUGACAUAUAUAAUAUAGACUAAUUGUCAUUAAAUUGAAUUCUUGGUGACGAAAUGACAGCUAAUGUCCCUUUCAAUUAUUGACCGUCAGUGUUUAUUAUAAAUGAAUAUGUAUGUUAUAUUUACAAUAAUAUAGUGUCUUGUAUUUUCUAAGCAUGGUUAUCAACAGCUUUUUAAAAAAUAAUAUGCACAUCUAUCAUGUGCAAAACUACUUGGUGUUUAUAUUGACAGAUGUCUCACGUGGUCUGAACAUGUUGAAAUUUUAACUAAAAAACUUGCAAACAAAAUUGGUGUGUUAUCUAGAUUACGUUCAUUCUUGUCAACUGAAUUAUUACUGAACAUUUUUAAUACAAUUGUUUUUCCCCAUUUUAACUACUGUUGUACUGUUUGGGGCAAUAUGAAAAACAAGGACCGUCUUUACAAAUUAUGCAAACUUCAAAAGCGAGCUGCUAGAAUGAUUUUAAAUAGAAAUUUUUAUACACCUACAACAGAAAUGAUGCAGCAACUUAGAUGGAUGCCUCUGUCAGACUAUUUUGUAUAUAGAACUAUCAUUCUUGUUUCAAAGUUUUACAUAGUCUAACCCCCGAUUAUUUAGAUGUUUUUCAAUAUGUUCAUGAAAUUAGCAGUAGAUCUACCAUAUUAAGUCAAAGUAAUUGAUUAUAUGUCCAGAGAGCGAAGACACAAUAUUUUAGAAGAUUUUUUACAAUUUACGGUUCGCAGUUAUGGAAUAAUAUGCCAGAAUUGUAAAAAUAUUAUCCAACAUUGGAAACUUUUAAAUCCGCUUAUAGUAGAAAUUGUUUUCAUUCGGGGAAUUAAAACCAUAUUAGAUUUUGUUUGAGUAUUUUCAGUUUUAAAUAUGUAAAUAGCAUACAUGUAUGUAUACAACAUACCUUCAUAUACUAUUUUAUAUUGUAUCUGUAUAAUGCUGCAUGCUGUCUGCAUAUAUGUUUUCAGGACCACAAUGUAAACUAGUUUUAAACUUAUUGUGUUAUCCUGUUUAUAUAAAGGACAUUAUUAUUAUUAUUAUUAUUAUUAUAUAAUAUUGGUGUGUUUUUUUUACAUUGUACCACCAUAUAAACUGACCGGGACAUACAAAACAUGUUGGAUGUGAGCGAUCGACAUUGGAAUCUUACUCUUCCGAAACACACUUCUGAUAUCUUCAGGGCCACAUGUUUGUCAUGUUAUCGAUUUGUAUUGUUUAUAGAAUUUUUUAUGAAAUGAAAUUUGAAAGGUAAGUACAUGUAUCAACAGGUAUUUCCAUUUUCAUUGUUAUUUGUUUUUUCUUUUGCUUUCAUUUUUAAGAGAAUUUGUUUUUUGAA